AUGGCUCGAAAUGAGUCUUCAUCUCAGCCGAGUAGCUCGAGUAACACUCAGGCCUUACAGAAUGGUGUUCCCAAGCAAGUUAAAAUUUCAGUAAAAGUAAUCUCUGCAAAACUCAAUGUUACGGGUGGUUUUUUGAGUAAACCUGCCGAUUCCUAUGUCGAAGUGUCCGUCGAGGGCAGUCAAAAUAGCAAGAAGACUUCCGUCAAGAAGAAAAGCAACAAUCCAGAAUGGGAUGAGACACUUUCUCUUCCAGUGACGGAUUCUUCCGUUCUUCUCUUCCGUGUAUAUAGUCGAGCAAAACUUUUCGACGACCCUCUGAUCGCUCAGGCGCAGAUGAAAAUCGCAGCAAUACCGAAGCUGGAUUCUGGGGAAUUUAAUCCUACAGCAAUCUCCAUACAGCUUAAUGGAAAGGACAAUAAUAAAGUUGGGACAUUGAAAGUUGCAUUUUCUGGUAUGGAGAGAAGCCGAAGAAUCGUUGGUUCAAAUGGGCGCUUGGCUGAAACUGUUGACGGCGAGGCUUCUACAUCUUCGGGGGUGAUGGCUCGACGCACUUCGGUGAAGAAUCGUGAUACAAUCGCGCAAUCUCAGCAGCUUCAUUUUCAGCCAGCCGCAGUAGAGGAGCGUCUUCCAGAUGGUUGGGAAAUGCGUUACGACCAAUAUGGACGUAAAUACUACGUGGAUCACACGACAAAAAGCACUACAUGGGAACGACCAUCUACUCAACCGCUGCCUUCAGGAUGGGAGAUGCGAAGGGAUCCGCGUGGUCGAGUGUAUUAUGUUGAUCAUAACACUCGAACAACAACAUGGCAGAGGCCGACGGCGGACAUGAUCGAAGCUCAUGAGCAGUGGCAAUCGGGAAGGGAUCAGGCAAUGCAUCAGUGGGAACAGCGUUUUCUGCUUCAGGCCAAUUCCUUAACAGCCAGUGACGAUCCUCUUGGACCAUUGCCGGACGGUUGGGAAAAACGGGAAGAUCCUAAAACAAGGAGAGUUUACUUCGUAAAUCACGUGAACAGAACGACUCAAUGGGAGGAUCCUCGGACUCAAGGAGUAUCGGAUCAACCUCUCCCCGAUGGAUGGGAGAUGCGUUUCACCGAGCAAGGUGUACCGUUUUUCAUUGAUCAUUCCACUAAAACCACAACCUACAAUGAUCCACGUACCGGAAAACCUGUUGGGCCGAUGGGUGUGUUUGGAGUAUCGAUGUCAUAUGAAAGAACAUUUCGGUGGAAAAUCGCUCAGUUUCGCUAUUUGUGCUUGUCCAAUAGUGUACCGAACCAUGUGAAGAUAACAGUAUCUCGCACCAAUGUUUUCGAGGAUUCAUAUCAAGAAAUUAUGCGUAAAAAUGCUGUUGAUUUGAGACGCAGACUGUACAUACAGUUCAGAGGAGAGGAAGGAUUGGAUUAUGGAGGAGUUGCUAGAGAGUGGUUUUUCCUGCUAUCGCAUGAAGUAUUGAAUCCUAUGUACUGCCUGUUUAUGUACGCUGGUAACAGCAACUAUAGCCUUCAAAUCAACCCGGCUUCAUUUGUUAAUCCCGACCAUUUGAAAUACUUCGAAUACAUAGGAAGGUUCAUUGCUAUGGCACUUUUCCAUGGCAAAUUCAUCUACUCAGGCUUUACCAUGCCGUUCUACAAAAAGAUGCUCAGCAAGAAAAUCGCCUUGAAAGACAUUGAGCAGGUUGACACGGAAUUUUAUAAUUCAGUUAUGUGGAUCAAAGACAAUAAUAUCGAUGAGUGCCAAAUGGAGCUAUAUUUCGUUGCGGAUUAUGAGCUGCUUGGCGAAUUGAAAACCCAUGAGCUGAAGCCAGGUGGAACAGAUAUUGCUGUGACCGAAGCGAACAAGCUUGAGUACAUCUCGCUUUUGGUAGAAUGGCGUUUUAAUAGAGGCGUGGAACAGCAGACGAAGGCUUUCUUCACCGGCUUCAAUUCGGUAUUCCCCCUAGAGUGGUUACAGUACUUUGAUGAGAGGGAAUUGGAGCUGUUGCUGUGCGGCAUGCAAGAUGUCGAUGUCGAUGACUGGCAGCGGAACACAGUAUAUCGUCACUAUGCGCCGCAAAGCAAGCAAGUUGUUUGGUUCUGGCAGUGGGUCAGAAAUCUUGACCAGGAGAAGCGUGCACGACUUUUGCAAUUUGUUACUGGCACUUGUCGUGUGCCAGUCGGUGGUUUCUCAGAGUUAAUGGGUAGCACUGGGCCGCAGUUGUUCUGUAUUGAGCGAGUCGGUAAAGAGAACUGGCUUCCACGAUCGCAUACUUGUUUUAAUCGUCUCGAUUUGCCACCGUAUAGGAGUUAUGAGCAGUUGUCUGAAAAGCUGAACAUGGCAAUUGAAAUGACAGAAGGUUUCGGGAAUGAGUAA